UCUGCAAACAGCAACCUUCUCGCCUUCACAUCUCCUACAGUCUUCAUCGACCGUUUUUACCAGUAUAUUCUCGCCAUAGAGGUAACUUCAACGUCAACUUUGAUAGUGCUCACCAGAACAUUACUUGUCUCUGCCUUUUUCACAGCGCCAUCCGUAGAACAUGGUCGUCAAGGCCGCCAGUCGAUGAAACGGCGAAUCUUCUGAAGACGUUGCUUAACGGACAUGGCAAAAAUUUUAUGACAAAAUUUUUGGGGCCAAUGGCCAAGGAUAGCAUGUCCGGCUUGGGAGGAGUUGAUCGUGUUGCUGUGGCACUUUCCGAGUCACCAACAAUUACGGAUUUCGCAUCCGCCAUCGGCUUGUCGGCGGAGGACACCCAGUACUUUGAGCAUGUACUCAAGGGCUUGGUGGAGGGAAACGCGGAGGUGGCGAAUGGACUCGGCUUUACAACCAACGAGGUAGCAGACAUGAAAUUUUACGUGGACAAACUUCGAAAGACCGGUUUCUUCGAAUAG